CGCAGCUCUACUCGCUGGGAAGGCGGCGCCGGCGGCGGCUGCUGUAGCUGCGCCCUCUCCCUUGUGCUGCUCUCCCGCAGCGGGUGGGCUCCGCGACCCCCGACCGGCUGCGGCCCCUGCCGGGCGGCGGCCCCCAGACUUCACCUCCCCUCUAAGGGGACAUCCCGGUCCUUGUGGCCCAUCCCGGGGGCUUCCCUGCGGAGCUCGUUCGGGCACCCAACUUUGCCUCGUUGCCUGUCGCCCCCACUGUGAAAGAACCUGCUUCACCCCCAGGCCAGCUGCGCUCUAGGGAACGGUGAACCUGCCGCUUAAGUGGCGCCGCCAGCCCGGAGGGUAGCAAGUCGGGUGCUGCUCUAGGAAAGUGGCGGGGGCGGUGGUGGCUGCUGCCUCGACUUCCCUCGUCGGUCACUGAAGAGGACGCUCAGAUCUCUCCGGGGUUCCAGGCGCUGGAUGACUGGUACGAGGAGCGCGCAUCGCACCUGUGUCAGUGUGUGAGAGCUGGGCUUGAGAGUGCAGAUGGCUGUGGAUUUUUAGUGUGAUACAUGAUCGAAGAAACGCUCCAAGCUUUUCCUCCUUGGCACUUUUCCCACAUGACGGGAAGGCGAGCUUCUGGUUAGAAGGCAAGUGUGCAGAGUUGGACCCUCCUGCCCACCAUGAAGGGAACCUGUGUCAUUGCGUGGCUCUUCUCCAGCCUGGGCUGGUGGAGACUCGCCCAGCCUGAAACAGACGCCUCUCAGUGCCAGAGAGCAGAGCACCCAGUCAUUUCCUAUAAAGAAAUUGGCCCCUGGUUACGGGAGUUCAGAGCGAAGGAUGCUGUGGAUUUCUCGCAGUUAACAUUUGACCCAGGACAGAAAGAACUUGUUGUAGGAGCAAGAAACUACCUCUUCAGGUUACAGCUUGAGGAUUUGUCUCUGAUCCAGGCUGUGGAGUGGGAGUGUGAUGAAGCGACCAAGAAGGCCUGCUACAGUAAGGGCAAGUCGGAGAAUGAGUGUCAGAACUACAUCCGGGUGCUUUUGGUGGGCGGCAACCGGUUGUUUACCUGUGGAACCAAUGCUUUCACACCUGUCUGCACCAACCGCACGCUGAAUAACCUGACCGAGAUCCAUGAUCAGAUCAGCGGCAUGGCCCGCUGUCCCUACAGUCCCCAGCACAAUUCCACGGCUCUCCUCACAGCCAGUGGGGAGCUGUACGCUGCCACAGCCAUGGAUUUCCCGGGACGCGACCCAGCCAUUUACCGAAGUCUGGGCGUCUUGCCGCCUCUCCGCACGGCCCAGUACAACUCCAAGUGGCUCAAUGAGCCAAACUUCGUGUCCUCUUACGACAUUGGGAAUUUCACCUACUUCUUUUUCCGAGAAAAUGCGGUGGAGCAUGACUGUGGGAAGACCGUGUUCUCCAGAGCUGCCCGGGUCUGCAAGAACGACAUUGGGGGGCGGUUCCUGCUGGAGGACACCUGGACCACGUUCAUGAAGGCCCGCCUGAACUGCUCCCGCCCCGGCGAGGUCCCCUUCUACUACAACGAGCUGCAGAGCACGUUCUUCCUGCCCGAGCUGGACUUGAUCUACGGCAUCUUUACCACCAAUGUGAACAGCAUCGCUGCCUCGGCCGUGUGCGUCUUCAACCUGAGCGCCGUCUCGCAGGCCUUUAACGGGCCCUUCAAGUACCAGGAGAACUCACGCUCCGCCUGGCUGCCGUAUCCCAACCCCAACCCCAACUUCCAGUGUGGCACGGUGGACCAGGGAAUGUACGUGAACCUGACAGAACGGAACCUGCAGGAUGCUCAGAAGUUCAUACUGAUGCAUGAAGUGGUGCAGCCAGUGACCCCAGUGCCCUCCUUCAUGGAGGACAAUAGCCGCUUUUCCCACGUAGCCGUCGACCUGGUGCAGGGCAGGGACGCCCUCAUCCACACCAUCUACUUGGCCACAGAUUACGGCACCAUCAAAAAGGUGCGGGCGCCCCUGACCCAGAGCUCGGGCAGCUGUGUGCUGGAAGAAAUCGAACUCUUCCCUGAAAGGCGCAGGGAGCCCAUCAGGAGCCUGCAGAUCCUCCACAGCCAGAGCGUCCUGUUCGUGGGCCUGCGGGAGCAUGUAGCCAAGAUCCAGCUGAAGAGGUGCCAGUUCCACCGCACGCGCAGUGCCUGCAUCGGGGCCCAGGACCCUUACUGUGGCUGGGACGCAGUGACGAAGAAAUGCACCAGCCUGGAGGAGAGCCUGAGCAUGACUCAGUGGGAGCAGACCAUCGCCGCCUGUCCUACAAGGAAUCUCACUGUGGAUGGGCACUUUGGCAUGUGGUCCCCGUGGAUGCCCUGCACGCACACAGAUGGCAGCGCCGUGGGAACCUGCCUCUGUCGCACUCGCUCCUGUGACAGCCCACCCCCGCAGUGUGGCGGCUGGCAGUGCACAGGCCCCCGCAUGGAGAUCACCAACUGUUCCAGGAACGGAGGCUGGACCCCCUGGACCUCUUGGUCUCCCUGCAGCACCACCUGCGGGAUCGGCUUCCAGGUGCGCCAGCGCUCUUGCAGCAACCCCACACCCCGGCACGGCGGCCGGGUGUGUGUGGGGCAGAACCGCGAGGAAAGAUACUGCAAUGAGCAUCUGCUGUGCCCCCCGCACAUGUUCUGGACAGGCUGGGGUCCUUGGGAACGGUGCACAGCCCAGUGCGGGGGCGGCAUUCAAGCUCGCCGCAGGACUUGCGAAAACGGGCCCGACUGCGUGGGCUGCAAUGUGGAGUACCAGCCCUGUAAUACCAACUCAUGCCCUGAGCUGAAGAAAACCACGCCCUGGACACCCUGGACACCCGUCAACAUCUCUGACAAUGGAGGCCACUAUGAGCAGCGCUUUAGAUACACAUGCAAAGCCCGCCUGCCUGACCCAAAUUUGCUGGAAGUAGGAAGACAGAGAAUUGAAAUGCGGUACUGCUCUAGCGAUGGAACCAGCGGCUGCUCCACGGAUGGCCUCUCCGGUGAUUUCCUGCGUGCUGGGAGGUACUCGGCGCACACCGUCAACGGGGCUUGGUCAGCCUGGACGUCGUGGUCACAGUGCAGCCGCGACUGCAGCAGGGGCAUUCGGAACCGGAAGCGUGUUUGCAACAACCCUGAGCCCAAGUACGGGGGCAUGCCCUGCCUGGGCCCGUCCCUGGAAUACCAGGAAUGCAACAUAUUGCCCUGCCCAGUGGAUGGCGUGUGGUCUUGCUGGUCCCCCUGGUCAAAAUGCUCGGCGACCUGUGGCGGCGGACACUACAUGAGGACCCGCUCGUGCACAAACCCAGCCCCAGCCUACGGCGGGGACAUCUGCCUGGGGCUGCACACGGAAGAGGCUCUCUGCAACACGCAGCCCUGCCCUGAGAUGUGGUCGGAGUGGUCAGACUGGUCUGAGUGUGACGUGUCUGGAGUCCAGGUCCGCGCCCGCCAGUGCGUCCUCCUGUUCCCUGUGGGCAGCCAGUGUUCGGGGAACACCACGGAGAGCCGGCCGUGCGUCUUUGACUCCAAUUUCAUCCCAGAAGUAUCUGUGGCAAGAUCCAGUAGUGUAGAAGAGAAAAGGUGUGGAGAGUUCAACAUGUUCCACAUGGUCGCUGUGGGGCUGAGCAGCUCCAUCCUGGGCUGCCUUCUCACGCUCCUUGUCUACACCUACUGCCAGCGGUACCAACAGCAAUCCCACGAUGCCACUGUCAUCCACCCCAUCGCGCCUGCCCCUCUCAACACCAGCAUAACGAACCACAUCAACAAACUGGACAAGUACGACUCGGUGGAGGCCAUCAAGGCAUUUAAUAAAAACAACUUGAUCCUAGAGGAAAGAAACAAGUAUUUCAACCCGCAUCUUACCGGGAAGACUUACUCUAACGCCUACUUUACAGAUCUCAAUAAUUAUGAUGAGUACUAAUAGUUCUUAUAUUUUUGGCUUCUUGAAAUUCCCCAGUUCCUCAAGGCCUGUGCUCCAUGACUGCCCAUGUUUCCAAGACUUCAGAGAUGAAGUUUGGAUACAUUUCAAGUGCAUUUCAAGCCACAAGUGUCCCAUUGCUGCCAAAAAUAGAUGUCCUUAAAAGCAACAAAAAUCUAAAUAUGACAUUGUGAAAAUCUGGUCUAUAAUACUUGGUCAUAUUGUUGAAUGAGCCACAAUGUGGAGUUUCUUAUUGUGCUCAGUCCGUUUUUUUUAACAAGUCUGUUGUUUCCUUGAGCUUUUUAAUAAUUGUGCCACCCGCACGGGAAGGAGACUCUAGAAAGAGGAGCCUCUUCUUGCUCUGGAGCAUAAAUCUUCACGAUGUUCUCAUUCAAGAAAAUAGUCACUUUUUAUGAGUGAGCCCCCUACACACACACACACACACACACACACACACACACACAUAAGGAGUGUUUAGGUCCACGGUAUUGAUAAAAUGAAGAAUAUGAAUGUGGCCACACAGUGACUCCCGUGAAGCUCCCAUCUUCCCCGUCUGGAGGCUACUGUGGAAUUCUAGGGAGCAACUUGUGUGUUUGGACAGGGAAUGAUUCGUGCCGGAGGAAGCCCAGGAUGCAACCUGGUUUGCAUCUGCAGAGGUGAUUAUAUGGGGUCUGAGACACCCCAUCCUUGGUCCUGAUGCGGUUCCUGUGUCACCACUCGGGGAGGUAAGCGGAAAGACGAGAGGCACAGACACAGUGAAGGGGAGAUUGUUCUGCAGGUUGCUGCGAAACCAGCCUUAUUUCUGACUUUUGGAUUUCAUGGCAUUCCAGGGAGCUCCUGGCCACACAGUUGGCCUGGAUGCCCACCUGUCUGGUCCAUCGUAACGUCCUGAAGAGCCAGUGUGUAAAAUAAUGACUUGUGUAGCAUUUGGAUAGACCCUACACUUCCUCUCUCCCUGUGAAGAAAACACCUUGGACACUAACGAUGCCCCUGAAGACAGUAUUGAAAGUACUAAAAUAUAAUUGUAAGAAACUUUUUUAAAAUGUCCCAUGUUGAUGGAAAGUAUUGAAAGAACUAACGUUGAUUCUCCAUCUCCCUGACUGAACUGACGUCUGGUGAUCGGCCCCUACCAAGAGCAUUAAUGAUGUGUGAAGCUUGCUUUCUGCUGCCCGUUGCUGUGCUUAGUGAGCUGCUCCCCCUGUUCCCAGGUGGCAUUGCCGCCCCUGGGUCAGGUGAGGGGCAGAUGUUUAGCUCUGGUGCCUUUUGGUUUUAACCUAGUGUUGCCUUCCCGUCCACUCACUCCCACGUCUCCCUGCAUGGAGGCCACAGUGUUUCAACAUGUAGCUUGAGAAAUCGGGGUACCCGGAAGUAAGGUUUUUAAUUAUUGUUGUGUUUCUGAGCAUUUCAGGGUAUUAUACAAUUCAUAGUGGUCCCCAGUAGGGAAAAAAAAGGAUAAAUUAUUCACCAACAGCUAACAGGUGACGUGACAGUUGGUUGGAUAAUCAUUGAAAGUAGAAACAAGAUUGAAAGAAUUCAUCUAAUGCCAAGGGCAUUGUGAUAAAGGCCUUGCGUGGACUUUGAAAUGUGUUUUUAUUGACCCAUGAACAUUCAGAUCUUUGAAAAUAUAUAAUGUGGGCAUUGGCAAACAUGGACUUAUUAGCAUAUGUGUGUUUUUACCCUACCCCAUUUACAGGAAUAGUUUCAAAAAGUGUUGGGAAAACCCUAUGUUUAGUAAUACUGAGUUCCAAAUAUCCUCACAUCCCCAGAUUUGCAGAAAUGGCUCUACAGAAAUUAAGAUUUCAGUAGCAGGCGGGCUCCGGGAGGCCUGGUAGAGUGCAGACGAGCGGUGUGUGUGGGGUCUUCGUGUGGGGGUCCGGGUCGCAUCGCCUCAUCCCUGUGUGCUGCCUGGGAUUGCGCUGUCUGUGCGGAGAGUCUGCAGUGAAGCCAGCUGGUUUCCUGAUUUUAACUGGAUGCUUCAACCCAGCUCAUCACUUUCCUAUAAGAAAAAUGUCCUCACCAUGUAUCACGUUAGCUGCUUUUUUGAAUCCCUCCCCCCCAAACUUUCUGAGCUUAAAAGUUUAUUCUAUUUCCCCAAGGAAAGAAGAAACUAAUAUUU